AUGGUACCGCACGCGACGUCGCCCUACGAACGGCACCCCUCAGACUCGCCAGCAGAACCGACAACCUACAAGUUCCCCGACUUUACGCAGCCAAUUGAUGAGGAGGCAGUUGAAGACAUAUCGCGCGGUCCCAGUCCGAAGCCAUUACCCAAUGGCCUACCGCCUGGACUGCAUUCGAGCGAGAGAUGGCCGUACAAGAAGCAGUCGGCGCUCAAUGGGGCCGCCAGUCGAGCGACAGGCAGCGCGCUGCAUGGCAGACAGAGGAGCUUGAGCGAGGCGAUACAGAUUGUGAGGACGAGGAAGGCGAGCAUUAGCGAGAAUGCGCAUGAAAUAGCGGAUGCUUUGAAAGCGCCCGUGUCCUACAAGCUUGUGAUGCUAUGCGGAAUCUGGUUCACGAGUUCCAUCAUGUCCAACACCUCCUCCAAGGCCAUCCUUACAGCGCUACCGAAGCCUGUGACAUUGACGGUCAUGCAGUUCGCUCUGGUUUCGUUCUGGUGUGUCUUCCUCUCCUGGCUCGCGAAGCACAACGCUUCCGUACGGAACAGCCUGCCAGUGCUCAAGAAUGGCAUCAGGAAGCCAAGCUGGGACAUCAUCGUCAUCACCCUUCCUUUGACUGCGUUCCAGAUUGGAGGCCACAUCCUCAAUUCCGACGCCAUGUCCCGGAUACCGGUAUCUUUGGUCCACACCAUCAAAGGCCUGUCGCCACUGAUGACAGUGGUGGCAUACCGGGUCUUCUUCGACACCAAUUACUCGACCCCGACCUACCUCUCCCUCGUCCCACUUACCUUGGGUGUAGUCAUGGCAUGCUCGGCAAGCUUCAAGGGCAACUUCUUGGGCCUAACUUACGCCUUCGGAAGUGCGAUACUGUUCGUGACACAGAACAUCGUUUCCAAGAAGCUCUUCAACGAAGCAGCAAAAGCCGAAGCAGAUGGCAUGCCGGUCGGGCGCAGGAAGCCGGACAAACUGAACCUACUUUGCUACUCAUCAGGACUGGCGCUUCUCGUCACGUUUCCAAUCUGGGUCUGGUCAGAAGGCCAGGAUCUGGUGCGCGACUACUUACACGACGGCUCCAUCGACCUCCGAGACCGACCUGAUGCGCUUGACCAUGGACGGCUAGCUCUCGAGUUCCUGUUCAACGGCACCUUCCACUUUGGACAGAGCCUGGUUGCAUUCGUGCUACUAGGCAUGGUCUCACCAGUCACGUACUCAGUCGCGAGCUUAAUCAAGCGAGUCGCCGUCAUUAUCUUCGCUAUCGUCUGGUUCGGCAACCCAAUGACAAAGAUACAAGGUUUCGGGUUCGCACUCACGUUCCUGGGUCUAUACCUCUACGACCGGACGUCCGAUGCUGCCAAAGCGGACAAACGCGCCAGACAGCACAUGGAGUCGUCCCAACCACUGCUACCAGUCAACACCUCAUUUAACAAGAAAGACCAAGCACCAAGCUUCACGCAGUCGCCACUCAGCGCAGGCGGCAGAACAGGCAGAGCGAGCCCUUUUGCGGGUGGGUCGAGCUACGCAAAUGGUGAGCCCGUAGGAAGUGGACCUGGCAGACCCAACAGCAAUGGCAAUGGUGCUCCUAAUGGAGUACCAAUCUCUCUUCCCUUGGGAACGAAGGCUGAAGAGACGUGGGCGCAAGGCGAUACUGGUACACCGAAAGUUGUAUGA